AAAUGAAAGUCAUUUAAUAUCUUUAUGUGGUGUUAACUUUGAAACUUUUAAUAUUUUUCUAACAUAUAUUGAUGAUCAAAAUUAUUCUAAAAAAUCUAAAGAAGAUAGACUUUUGUUGUCAUUAGUGAAGUUAAAACUAGGAAUUAGUUUUACAUCAAUUUCAAUAUUCUUUAAUCUACACCGUUCCACAUGUUCAAGAAUUUUUAAAAAUGUUUUAAAAAUGCUUGCAGUUGCUACCAAAAAAUGUGUGUUUUGGCCUAGUAAGAAAUCUAUUGUUUCCACCUUACCCCAAUCUUUUAAACAACAUUAUCCAAACUGUAGGGUUAUUAUUGACUGUACAGAAAUCAAAACUGAACAACCACCUCAUGUUGAUCAAAGAGCGUUUAUGUACUCUCAUUACAAAUCUGCUUUUACUUGUAAAUUUUUAGUUGGAAUAGCUCCGUGUGGUAUGAUCAUUUUUGUUUCAAAAGCAUAUGGUGGUAGAGCUAGUGAUAGCUUCAUCACUAAUGAUAGUGGUUUGUUAAACUUAUUAGAACCUGGGGAUCAAGUCAUGGCUGACAAGGGGUUUCCUGGGAUAAAAACUAGUGUAAAUGAAAAAAACUCUAUUUUAGUUAUGCCCAUUUAUGCAUAA